GAUAUGGCAAAUAUUGACGGCCCUCCUGCUCCUGUCUGCAUACCUGUGACUGGCUAUGAUAAUGUCAACUUCUAAACUGUAAUACUUCAUGGAAGAACAUAGUCAUUUGUUCAAGGUCCAUCAAGCGAGACCAGACUCGCCCGUGUCAAGCUCUUGGUCAAUCAAGAGUGAUAAGUCAAUGAAUCACAUUAUGAACUUCAAUGAUGCUGCUGUCAAUACCGAUGAGAAGGUUCAGCAAGAGAGACCAGACUCGCCCGUGCCUAGCUGUAUGUCACUGAAGAGUGAUACUUCAAUGCAUAAAAUAAUCAAUUUCAAAGAUGGCGCUGUCAAAACAGAUGAGAAGGUCCAAGACUCACCUAUGACUAGUUGUAUGGUCCUGGAGAGUGAUACUUCAAUGGAUAUUACAACAUAUUCCAUGAAGGGGGCACAUUUAACUGAUCAAAAGGACACAAUUGACCUGUCUCCCAUUCUCCAGAGGCUUGAAGACAGUGUUCUCAAGUUCUGGUUGGAUGAGAUGAAGACUUUCAAAAGGGAUCUAAGUCAGGAGUAUCCACACCAAUUUGAUAGUAAUCUGGAAAAUAGUAAUGUCUUGAAUGAUGUUACGAUGAUGCUACAGAAAUGUGCCAGAGAAGGAGCUUUAAAGAUCACACUGCACUCUCUAUGGAUUUCCAACCAGGAAUCGCUUGCUCACACAGUGGAGGAAAGCGAAGUCUUAAGGACAUGUCAAGAAAAGCUCAAAUCGAGUCUCAGGAAUAAGUCUGAAUAUGUGUUUGAGGGUCUCCCAAAGCAAGGUUAUCCAACACUUCUAAAUGAUAUCUACACAGAUAUGUACAUCACUGAGGGUGGUAGAGGAGAGGUUGAAGAUGAACAUGAGGUAGGACAGAUUGAGAAUGUAUCCAAGAGAGCAGCAACACAAGAGACUGUGAUCAAAAGUAAUGACAUUUUCAACCCAUUACCUGGACAAGAGGGAACUAUCCGGUCUGUGCUCACAAAGGGAGUCGCUGGAAUUGGAAAAACUGUCUCUGUGCAAAAGAUCAUAUUGGACUGGGCUGAAGGAAAGGCAAAUCAGGACAUUUGUUUCAUACUUGCUCUUCCAUUUCGUGUGUUGAAUCUGAUCAAACACGAAGAUUACAGCUUGAUUCAGAUUAUUCACAAUUUCUUCCCAGAGAUGCAAGAGUUAAAAAGUAUUGACAGUGAUCAGAACAAAGUUUUGUUAAUCUUCGAUGGUCUGGAUGAGUGUCAACUUCCUCUAGACUUCCAGAACAAUGAAACAUGUUGUGAUGCCCAUAAGUCAACUUCAGUGGAUGUGCUGCUGACAAACCUCAUCAAGGGAAAUCUGCUUCCCUCUGCUCUCCUCUGGAUAACCACACGACCUGCAGCUGCCAAUCGCAUCCCACCUGAAUGCUUUUACAGGGUGACAGAGGUGAGAGGGUUCAAUGACCAACAGAAGGAAGAAUACUUCACCAAGAAAAUCCUUGAUAAGAGUCUGGCUAGCAGAAUUACCACACACGUGAAGUCAUCAAGGAGCCUCUACAUCUUGUGCCACAUACCAGUUAUCUGUUGGAUUGUAGCCACUGUUCUACAGGGACUACUGGUAGAAGCAUGUAGCAACGAAAUUCCCUGCACUUUGACACAGAUGUACUCUAAUUUAGUGGCCCUUCAACUACAAAUGAAGAGCAAGAGGUCCCAAAGCACUAACCAGUCCAAGUCAGAGGAUGACAUCAUUCAGAAACUGGGGGAGUUAGCUUUCCAACAGCUGGAGACUGGAAAUCUUGUAUUCUACGAAGAGGACCUGAAAGAGAUCGACAUUGAUGUCAGUGAAGCAUCAGAGUAUUCUAGUUGGUUUACGGAGAUCUUUAAGGAAGAAUUUGUUCUGCACCAAAAGAGGAUAUUCUGCUUUGUGCAUCUGAGUGUUCAAGAGUUCCUGGCUGCUUUGUUUGUGUUUCUGACGUUUCAAAGAAGUGGCAAAAAUCUACUGGACAAAUCACUACUUGCGAGGUUGUCAUUGAAAGGACGAUCUUUAAUCAACCUGUACAAGAGUGCAGUGGACCGAGCAUUACAGAGUCAGAAUGGACACCUGGACCUUUUCCUUCGCUUCCUUCUGGGCCUCUCACUGGAGUCAAAUCAGGCUGCCUUAAAGGGCUUGACACAAACACAGGCAGGAAGCAGCACAGAGGACAUUCAGAGAACAGUGCAGUACAUUAAGAAGAAGAUCAAAGAGUAUCCCUCUCCACAGAGGUGCAUCAAUCUUUUCCACUGUCUGAAUGAACUUAAUGACAACACCCUAGUGCAGGAGAUCCAUAGUUACCUGAGCUUAGGUUCCCUACAAGUAAGGAACCUUACACCUACACAGUGGUCGGCUCUGGCCUUUGUGUUGCUGACUUCACAGGAGGACCUGGAUGUGUUUGAACUGAAGAAGUAUGUCCAAUCUGAUGGAGGGCUUUUGAGGCUGCUGCCAGUGGUGAAGUUAUCAAGAAUGGCAAGAUUGGAUGGUUGCAAUCUUACUGACAAAUGCUGUGAGGCCUUGGCCUCGAUCAUAGGCGCAAGCUCUAGUCUAGUAGAGCUGGACCUAAGCGACAACAACCUGCAGGAUUCAGGAGUGAAGCUCCUCUCCAAAGGAUUGGGGAAUCCACACUGUAAGCUGGAGAUACUUCGGCUCUCACUAUGUGGAAUUACAGACGAGGGCUGUGUUUCUCUAGCCAUGGCUUUGAGUUCAAACUCAACACACCUUAAAGAGUUGGAUCUGAGCUUCAACUAUCCAGAGGAAUCAGGGGUAGAGCAGCUUUCUGCUGUACUGGAGGAUCCACACUGUAAACUAGAGGCACUGAGUAUUGACCGUCUUGGAUCAAGCAGGGAAAAAUGGAGGCUCUUGAAAUAUGCAUGCCAGCUUACACUAGAUUCAAACACAGCAAACAAAAUGCUGCGAAUAAGUGAAGAUGGAAGAAACGUUGCAAAAACAAGGGAGGUGCAGCUCUACGCCGAUCACCCUGACAGAUUCAGCCUGGCAAAUGUACAAGUGCUGUGUAGAGAGAGUCUUUCUGAUCGCUGCUACUGGGAAGUUGAAUUUGGUUGUAAAACUACUAAGAUUGCAGCAACGUAUAGAGGGAUACCCAAGAUGGAGGAUGGGUACAAAAGUUGGCUAGGCUGGAAUGAAAUGUCAUGGAGUUGGUACUGCACAGAUGAUGGAGGUUUCUCAGCAAGACAUAAUAGAAAAAGGACUCCAGUUUGUGCCCCUCCCACAGAUUCUAACCGGGUAGGAGUGUAUUUGGACUGGCCUGCUGGCACUCUGACUCUGUAUAGUGUCACCUUUGACAUGGUGACUCUCCUGCACACAUUUUACACCACUUUCACUGAGCCCAUCUACCCUGCAUUUUCUGUAGUUGACACACUUUGCCUCUGUCCCAUAGAAUCUACCAAUGAGACACAUGAAUAUGCCCAAUAAGGAGCCAGUUAGGAUAUUUUCACAUAUAAUUUGGUACCCUGAUCUGGAUCCCUAUUGGGCAUUCAUAAGAGCUGGAAAUAACUUUUUCAGGAUGGACUUCACAGGAAGCACUUUAUAUAUGUUAUUAUGCUUGUUUGUAUUGGUCAAGAAGAAACAUUUAAUGUACAGUAUAUGGGGAAAAAUGGGUAUUGUUUUGUAUUUUAUACUUUGUCAAUGUAGAUUUGAUAUAUGAACAUUUAUAUUUAUAGAUGUUAUACUCUGUCAAUGUUAAUUUAAAUAUAUAUUCAUAUGGACAGUUAUUAGAUUGGAAGUGGAUGUAUUUGAUCCACAACAAUAGUUUAAAUCAUUAUGUGACGGUAGAAAGCAAAGCUCUUUUGAUAUGCAGAAGGAAAUAGUAGUCUAGAUUGUUUACAUUAUCUGAUUUUCAAUUAAGACGUUCUUUUUAACCUACAUUUAUGAAGCAUUAAGAGCUUGCAAUCAUACUUAAUAGAUUCACAUCUGUAACAGUUAGCUGCAAAAUUAACAUAAGCAACAACAGUUUCCGUAGCCAAGCACAAACCAAGUGCAACAUUGCAUCAUUAUAGUGGUCCUGUAUGACUCAGUUCGUAAAGGCAUGCAAUGCCAGGUAUAUGGGUUUGAUUCCCGGGCCACCCGUAUGUAAAAUGAAUGCACCCAUGAUUGUAAGGUGCUUUGGAUAAAAGCAUCUGCAAAAUGACAUGUAUUACAGUAAUAGUGAAGACAUCAAAACUAUGAAAUAACACAUAUGGAAUCAUGUAGUAACCAAAAAAGUGUUAAACAAAUUAA